CGAAUAUAUAGUGUUUGUUGUGACAUCAAGAACCGAGCGAAUAGAAAUUAGUUGGUUACACAAACUCGUCAUAAAUAUCUUGUUUAUUGAGUUUUGAAGGCGGCCGUCAGAAAAAUGGUCGCUCCAUUGACUAACAGGCGGUGUGUCACAUUUGGUGGCUUGUGAUAUCAACUCUUAUUUUCGUCUGCCGAAUAGCUUUAAUCUUGUCCUUGUAUUACCUCCGGUUGUUAUAGGUUGUUUUAUCAAAUUCGGCCACUUUCACCUAUUGUCUUCCAGAUUGUCCCACACACUGCCAUUCAUACUUCACCAAGAUACAACAUACCUUCAUGCUAAAUCCAAACCUAUUAAAGGCCGGACUUUAUAUUUAUAAAAAACAAUUAGUAGUAUGUACCGUCAGACUAUGCAAUGUGCUUUGAAUUAUCUCAAUAAUCUAAGUUAAAUACUAGAGAAAUGGAACUUGAUUCCUUGUGCGAACAUUGGGAUUCGACUUUGGAUAUUGACGAAGAAAAUUCUGAAACUGUCGCUGAAUCAGAACAGCACCCACGCCUUUCAUUAUAUAAAAACAAAGGUCGAGCUAUCGAUCAGGAAAAACGUUGGCGUCAAAAACUCAGCAUACUUAAAUCUAAAAAAGAACGAUUAGAUCAUUUCGAUCAUAAUCGCUUUUCUGUGAAUAAAGAAGAGGCCUCAAAACACCCUUGGGCAUCAACUGAAACAAAGUCAGAAAUAAGAAGUUGGCGUCGUCACUCGAAACUUUUAAUGCUAGCAGAGUGGUUUCUAUUUAUACCUCCAAAUUUUGAAGAGGAAUAUCGGAUGAAAAUUUGUCCUAAAGGGCGCCAUGUAUUUAUCAAGGCUUCAAAAGGAAAGACUACAGUAUAUACUAGAAAUGGACGUCAACUGAUAUCCUCCGUUUCACGACUUCCAGGAGGUGGUUUAGGCCAAAGUGAUAAUCAGAACAGUUCAUAUACAACUUUAUUAGAUUGCAUAUUAUAUUGUCCGGAAAAGAAUAUGGAUUUCAGUAAUUUCCAAAUGGCAAAUGAAACAAAGCAAGUGACUUUUGUCUUCUACGUAGUUGACAUCAUUUUUAUGAGAUCGACAGGCUAUGUCAAUCUACCUUUUUAUGAACGAUCCCAAUGGUUAGAGAGUUAUCUCAAGCAACAAAUAGAGGAGUAUGAUGAAAGUGAUCCCGUUGCUUUUCACAUUCUGCCGUCAUAUGAAUGUGAUGUAGGAUCAAUGCAAGACGCAUUCUCGUCAAUCCCGUCAUACGAGAUUGAUGGUGUUCUUUUUUACCACAAAGAUGUUAAUUACGAACCUGGAGCAACUCCUCUUGUUAGCUGGUUGAAACCAUAUAUGUUACCGGAAUGGUUUCCCGAUAUCAAUUAUCAUUCAGAUUUCAUGAAAGAUAUUCCUGACGAUUAUACUGACUAUAUUAAUGGAAUACAACAAUAUGAAGCUAAAAUGUCUUCAAAUUCAUUACAUUCCGUCAUCCAGCCAACAAUUCCUGAAUAGAUCCACGUAGUAAUUCGCCAUCACUCUUAAGAGGGGAAUUCCACUGAUUGACUUUUUUGCAUAAGGAUCAUUGUAGUACCUUGUUGGUUCGUGGUUUUCUUUACCUACAUGAAAACAACUAUUACAUGUUGAAACCUUUCAUACUCACAUAUCCAAGUGUACUUUUUCUCUAGAUUAUCCGUACAAUAAAUCCCCUUCUUCACUAAACAGAUAGUGUGAAUUAACAAAUACCCUGGGUUUGUUGAGCAAGGCCAACCGUUAAUAAGGUUUUGUAAUGCACGCAUAGUUGCACACAAUUGUAUAAAAAAACUCAAAUGUAACUGGAUUCAUAAAUACACAAGCUUCAUCUGUUACCUUGUCUCAGAUAUCUUAUUUCGAUAGAUUUAGUGCCAACGAUCACCUUUUUUCAAGCGUAACAUCAGCUUAUGCACGUACCAAGGACGUUGUAUCAAAAUGCCGCAAAAUCUAGUUUUAUUCACUGGGCAAAUUAUGGUUUGUUUAACC